AGCGUGAGAGUGAGUGAUGGUGGGGCAGGGGCGAGGAGAACGUACGGGCACCAUCACAGUCUAAGGAAGAUGCUGGGAAGGCCAAAACCUGGAGAAUCCGAGGAUGACCUCCUGCGGUUUCAGCAAAAUUUCCUAGCCACAGGGAUGUUUCCAGCUGCCAAAGUCGUAAAGAAGGCAGACAAGAGGAAAGUGGAAUCAGAAAGUACUGGUGGAAGUCAAGCCACUGAAGAUUUAAGGGACAUGGUUACCUUGGAAGCUCUUCCCGACCAUCCUCCAUCACUCAUGCCAGUUGCACCCAAGAAGUCCAAGUUUAAAGCAGAAAGAGUCAGAUUCCAGGAGGAUGAUAGUGAGGAGCAGAUGGAUCUACAGGACAGACACAUCACAGCUGUCCUUUCCAAGAUCAUUGAGAGAGACACUACAGGGAGUACCAUAAAUCCGCCAUUAUCGACAGGACAAGCCUUCCCAAAGGUCUUUCACAGGUCGGAGAUACAAAGCGAGUUGAAGCCAGUUUCGGGAAGAAAAAGUAUCUUUGCCCAGAAACUCGAGGCAAAAAGAGCAAUUGAAGCACAUCGGGCAGAAUCUUCACAGUGUCGAACCAGCCCAUUGACCACGGGUUCAGCGCAGCCAGUAUCAGCUCAGUCUCAGACUAGAGAAACAUCGGAAAAGAGCCACUCACCAGUUUCAGAUAAUGAGAGAUGGGCUUCAGAAGAAAAACUGGGGAAAGAAAUAAGCCCUCAUGAAGCUCAGAGGAUUCAUGAAGAGAACCUUGCUCGACUGCAGACCAUGUCUAAGGAAGAGAUUGAGGAAGAACGCAAUAACCUCAUGGCACGAUUAGACCCAAGUUUGAUUGCUUUUCUAAAAUCAAGAAGAUCAGGGAAAAGCUACAUUGAAGCCUCCAGGAAUAAAACCGAAAGACAAGGAACAGAAAACAACUAUGAGGAUAAGCAAAGUGAUUCUCACUUGGAGGCAGAACUGCAGUCCAAUUCAUCCAAGGACGAUCCAAUGAAUGAAGAAAUUACAGAACCUGAUAUUCCACUGAAACCUGAGAAAGGAUGGGUCCACAUGGAUGUGUUGGAGUAUGAGAAACUGGAAUGGAUGAAAGAUCUGCCUAAACCCAGACGGCGGAAGACCAAUAAGGAGAUGCAAGCAAGGUUCAAUUUCCAUGGUGACUUAAUACCUCCAGGUGUCGAUGUUCCAGCUCAUCUCGGAUUGCACCAUCAUGGGGAAGAGCCAGAGGAAGCUGGUUAUUCACUUCAAGAGCUCUUCCAUUUAUCUCGCAGUCAGAUAAUUCAGCAGCGAACUCUCGCCCUUCAGAUGUUGUCACGAGUCAUUCAAAAGGCUAAAGUGGGUGAUUUCUCCUCCUCCCUCAAGCACAGUGUGUUGAGAAUGCUGCUGGAUGCUGGCUGUUUGUUCCUCCUUCGCUUUGCACUGGAUGAUAGCGUUGAAAAUGUAAUUGCUGCCUGCGUUCAGGCUCUAAAGGCACUUUUAAUCUCCCCUUCUGAUGAGGAAUGUCUCGACAGGACCUUCUGCUGGUACUUGGGAUCAUCAGUGUUUCCCCUUCGGCCUAAUGAAACAGAGGAGGAUGAUGAUGAUGACGAUGAAGAGGAGGAUGAUGAGGAAGAAUCAAAAAUGAAGCAAAGCGAGAAAGCCAAGUCCAAGGAAGAUAAGAAAGCAGAUACAGAUGUUGCUCGCGUGGAUGUUAUUAAAGGUUUGCUGAAGAUGAAAGUUCUUCACCGUCUGCGUUACAUUCUGGAAGUUGUCCGACCUGUGCCUUCAGUCGUCCUUGAUAUUUUGGAGAUGCUAAUUCGAAUAGCAAGACACUCUUCUGAGGCUUGUAAUCAGAUUCUAGGGUGCCCAAGACUAAUGGAGACAAUUGUCUCAGAAUUCUUACCAUCUACCUGGACGAUUCAGACUCUGAGAACAGAUGAACCGAUAACCAGUAGCUAUGGUGUGCCAGUUGCUGCUGCCAUGAAAUUGUUUCGUGUCCUGGCAUCUGCGGGAAGGAACAUGUCGGCUAUUUUGUUAAACAAAUUCAAGUUGAAAGAGCGAAUUGGGAGGUUCAUAGCACAAGAUCCUUGUGACCUGCACUUGGAGCAACAGGAAGCCUACGCAUUAAACAUUGAGGCUUUGCGGCUGUGGGCUGUUGCAGUCAACUAUGGACAAGCAUGUGACAUGUACAGGGACUUCUAUCCUGCACUGAUGAAGAUUCUUCAGACCUUACCAAACCUGGUGUCCCACCCGAGGCAGGAGGAUCCAUUGUUUGAUUAUUCCUUGCAGAGAGCUGAGACUCUGGUUUGCCUCCUGAUCAGCCUCACUCACAGUGCAGGCUGUACUUCUGAACUGCAGGCCCAGUUCACAUCCAGUUCUGGGGACCAGGAGGGACACAUUCCCCCUCCGCCAUUAGACUGGAGCCAUGUGGAAGGUAUCAAGCCACUUCUGGAAGGCUUUGUCAAAAGAUGCUUUAAGGAGCUCAGCUGUCCAUCGACUUGGAAUAGAGUGAGACAGCUAACUUCAACGUAUAUCAUCUACCUUGCGACAUACUACAGCAAACUCAGCCAACAGCCUUCAUAUAGACCUGUUGAGUGCUUAGUAGAAUUGGAGCAGUUUUGGAUGGAAUCCUUGUCUCCCCUACUUAAUCAGCCUACAUUAGAGAAGAUGUUUGUGGACCUCAGAUCUUAUUCAGCCCUGUGUAACCCUAAGUCCUGCUAUCCAGGUCCAGAGACUGUCCGUAGCCUUGUGUCACUGGGCUGUGUUGGAGAAAUGCAGCACCUCAGCCUGACAGGAUCCAAAUCCCCUUUCGUGUUCCUGAUUGCAUUGUUUUAUUUACUGGACACCGUCUGUGUUCUGCACAAAGGCUUGGCAGAAAAGUGCUCGGCCAUCCUGCACAGCGAAGGUUUGAGGGAUUACUUGGUGCACAGCUGUAAGGGGAGCCCGCCAAUAAACCACAGGUCUGCCUGGUUGCUGCGGCACGAGUUCCACCUCCAGCAUUCUGUGCUUAAGCUGGCAUCCAAGACGGUUGCUGUCAGUCCUCAAGUUGCCCAGCAGGCUCCACUGUAUCACUACGUUGCCCUGAUGUUGCUGAGCCGGCUGCUGCCAGGAAGUGAGUUCUUGGCCUACGACCUCCUCUCCGGGAUGGCCUUUAACCAGGCUUUGAUACCGGAAGGCACAUCCGGUGGCCCUGAAGCAGAAGACCUUUCGAACAUCCUGAGGCUCGGAUGCCACGGGGACGCUGCCGAGAGAACUUGUGCAAGCCCAACCCGUGGCACGCUGCUGUGCAAAGCCUUUAACCAGCUCCCCACCAUCCGUGCCCAUUACCUCUCUCACUUUGCUCACCUCCAGGCUUCUGUCUUGCGGUCCCAGCACUCCUACGCAGGCCGGACCCACCUGGUCCAAUCUGUGCUACUACCGGAAAUGGCCGGUCCUCUCCUGCCAUCUGAUUGGGCCUUCCUGCCCCUGAUCAACUUGUAUGACCGUGUGAACCGUGAGGAAACGAAGGGCAAGAUGGUGGAUUGUCUUCCCGAGAACCUGGUAGAGAUGGUGAGCAGCAGUCUCCAGUGCGUGCUAUUGCUGGAGACCUGGCGAGGUGGCAUAUUGCAGGGACUGCCUCUGGCUGCCAAGCUGGUGCGACUCUGCUGUGUCUUCCUCACGGGCAGCAACCUGUUUCUGGAGCUGGCGAUCCGUGACUACCUAUCCGCCCUCCUGAUCAUCUACUGUCAGCAGAAGAGGCUGGACUCGCUGGACCUCAGUGCUACCCUCCCAGGGCUGGCCUCCUUUCAUGACCUGUACAUAAGCCUUCUUGAACAGUUUGAGAGCGUCUCGUUUGGUGACCCGCUUUUUGGCUGCUUUCUCUUGCUGCCUCUGCAGAGGAAGUUUGAUGUCCAACUGCGCCAGGCUGUUUUUGGGGAGCACGUUAACGUGUUGCGGGCACUGGGGGUGCCACUGAAGCAGCUGCCGAUCCCCUUGGAAAAUUACACCCAUCCCAUGGAGUCUUCAUUGGAUCUGCUGCGCCAGUAUUUCAAGACCUUGGUGACUGCCACCCUACGCUUCAGCUGGUGUCCUGUGCUCUACGUGGUGGCCAUUGCUCAAGUCAACAGCUUCAUCUUCUCACAGGAGGCAGUUGAUGAGGAGUUUGAUGCUGCCCGAAGGAGUAUGCUGCGAAAGUCAUACCUAUUAACAGAUGAGGUGUUGAGGAGGCAUCUGCUUCACUUCAAGCUGCCUAACGUGGAGUCAUCCAUCGGGUUCGACAUGUACGAGGAGCUGCCUCCUAUGAGGCAAAAGUGGCUGCAGAAAGUCCUUGGAGACCUACUGCAUCUGGAGAAGGAGUAGGAGGCACAAUAAGCAGGGAGAGGUGGACUCAAUUCCCUUGAAUGGGUAUACGUGACACUGGACCCUCUGAUUCUGCAUCGACCAUUGCUGGCAGCAGGAUCACAGACGACUGGGGAAAAGCCAAGUGCCACUUGUGAUUACUUUUUAACUUGUAUGUGAUAAUCAGGUUGUACUUGGAUGGAGUACUGACCCUGCCUUUCAUCAAAUGAUUGUCUGAUCCCCUCAAUAGUGCUGUUUUCACUGCCUUGUGCCGACCACCCUCUUGUCCUGAGCUGGUUCAAGUUUCUAUUUGCAAAGUUCCAGCUGCACAGUGGAAUAGGAAGAUUGUGUCUAUCCUCACUCAGGAAUCAAGGAUUAACCCAAAAAGUCCAUAUUUUUCUUUGAAGCAAGUGAAGAUUUCUGGGAAAGAGAAACAAAAUUGGUUAUUCCAGUUUUAUGGUCUCUGGGCAGCCUGGCAUAUUGUGAAUUAUGCAGAGCUAGGCAUCUACUCUUCCAGGGAUGUGAUUACUUGACAUAAUGUCAGUUCACUUUGUCAUUGUUUACAACAACUGCAUGGACAGGAACAAAGUACAUUAAAAACGAAAGAUGUUGUGUAA